AUGAGACUCCCAAUUUCCACUCUUUUAGCCUUCCAGGCACUUUUUGGCUCCAGCUUAGCUGCCGCUUUGCCUAGCAAAGCUAUUCUUCGCCCAAUCCUGAGACGGCAAACUUCCGUUCCGGCUGUACCCCUUGGGCCAGCCAAGUUCACUCCCAAGAUCAAUGUCACCCUGCCCUAUGAAGGACCUAACGCUGCCAACGCUCUCGUUCGGGCCACGAUGAAACAGCCGGCCGUCUUGUUGGAGAACAUCGACACAAUCACUGAUAUAGAGUGCUCAGCUACUGGAGUAGUUCUCAAAUUCAGCGCUCCCGAAGAUUACAACACGUGCCUGGGUGCGUGGCCAGCCAAGGACUUCAUCAUCAUCACGAACCACAACGGGACUUGCGACAGUGAGGACGAGCGCGGCAUUUAUGUCGUCCAGAACUACACCUUCGACAACACCACAUUGAAACUAGCUGCUUCUUCCACCAAAGCAGAGAUCAGUGAUCAGAUGAAUGAUGCCGUCAUCGACUUUCAACACACAGGCACUGCUACCACCAAAAAAGGUCUCUCUGGAACCAUCUCUGCCGACCUUUCUGGGUCCACACUCGUUGCAACGGACCCCUUGACCAUCGUCGCCAACGAGGCCAAGCUCGAAAGUACAGUCACCUUGGCGGGCCACGUCCACUACAACUUCUGGAAGUUCAAGGUAGAUGAGUUCUACAUUGAUGUCGAAUACUCAUCUGCUUUGAACCUGAACAUCUCGGCUGAGGUCAACGCCAAGUACUCGACUGACUUGUACAAUUACAACCCUCUGUCCGUAUCUGUCUCUGCCUUCACUAUCCCCGGCAUCAUUGAUGUCGGCCCCAUGGUCAACUUCGGCCUGGGUAUCGAAUUGGCUGCAUCCGGUGUUGUCAAGGCUUCCGUGGACGUCGUUUCAACUAUUGCCGAUUCUCAAGUUCACCUUGACUUUCUGGACUCCGCGAAGACCUCUACCACAGGCUGGAAGCCGCAAACCAAUGUCACCACCGACAUCAACGCUCAAGUAGAGCUUCAAUUGAAUCCAUUUGCUGACCUAAGCGUCGCCCUGGGAGUCAAGCUCUUCAACGGUCUCCUCGACAUGUCUGCUGGAGUCGAGGCGAAGCCCCAGGUUAUCAACGCCUUUGCUGUGGACGUUGAUUUCAAUUACACUAGCGCCAGUGGUAUUAUCUUUGCAAAGCCUACCGGGGAUCAGUGCAAAAAUGGCGCUUGGUUUGCAAGCACGUUUCACUUGGGCGUUGAUGCCUACGUUACACAAUUCUACACUAAGAAAUUGUAUGAAGUCGAUGUGCCAAUCUACCAGUCGCAAUGCUGGAACUUUAUCAACUAG